AUGUUAUUGCAUCAUGUUAGAGGUUCAACUAGCUUUACAGAACUUAAAAUUGUUAAUGGUCGGGAAUGUCAAAAAUACAGAGAAGCAUGUGAAGCCCGGCAACUGUUAGAAAAUAAUAAUCAUUGGGACAAAACUAUGGAGGAAGCCGUACAAUGUCGAUUGCCAGAUAAAAUCAGGGAACUUUACGCUAUGCUCUUAUCUUCUUGCGGUCUUUCUGACCCUCAAACUCUUUGGGAUAAUUGCAAAGAAUACAUGGCUGAAGAUAUUUUACAUCAACUGCAGCAAGUACAAACAGAUAUGACUUUUCAUGACCAAAUCUACAACAAAACGCUAAUUAUAAUCGAAAAUGGUUUUUACAAUGGUUGGAAAAAUUAG